AUGGCAACUAGAAGCGACAUCGAUCAAUCAAUAGAAACCAGACGAUUUUUGGACGUGACUGAGGAAUUACUUGAAAUACUUCCACCUAUCGAAAAGUUAGAAGAUACGCCUACUUUCUCACUCGAUCAAGCUAUCGUCUCACUGGAAGCAGUCGUACCUGAUAUCAAACUAAUGCUCGAAACGAUUCAAAGCAUACAUAGCAAACCAGAGGAUGCCCUUAGCCGAGAUGAAUCUAAUUCUAUUUGGUUAUAUACACUGGAAUGGGAACCUUCUCAGAUAUCUGUGUCCAACCUUUUAAACGAAACGCUUCGUUGCGAAGAUAGACGAAAAUUGGAACCUUGGCUUCCUUUUCUACGACUUUUCCUUACCGCUUUCUCGCAUCUGCCAUCAGCUAACUUCACCAUUUAUCGAGGCGCAAAUAUGGAUUUGUCUGCCAAAUAUCGUGUAGGAGAAAAGAUUACCUGGUGGGGAUUUUCUUCCUGCAUAAACAAGACCAAUCACAUGGAGAGAAAAUUGAAUCUGAACAAAAGUGGUAAAAGAACACUAUUUAGUAUCGAUUCCUUUUCGGCAAGAGAUAUUCGUCGAUUUUCAAUGCAGGAGAAUAAUGAACAAGUUUUGCUGCCUCCGGGUAGUCAAUUUCUUGUUAUCAAUUCGUUCGACAAAGGUAGAGGAUUUCACAUGAUAGAAUUGAAAGAAAUCCAAUCAGAAUAUGACAUAAUGGCUCAAUUGAGAUUACCAACAAAUACUACAUUCGAUGAUACUCCGUUUGAACCGAUAUCAGUUGUAUCAUUGUCUAAAAAGCGACUUCCAGCUGCACUACCGAAUCUGCGUCUAGAAGAGCGUCUCUCGGAAUAUUACGCUCAGAAUCCUAAAGUUGACUUGAAAUCAAUGCAGUUAUUUGAUUCCGAUAUGGACGUCGUCGCCAGUGAAUUUAUUGUCAACAAACAAUGCUUCGAAUUGAACUUAUGCGGCAAUCGAAUCACGCCUCAUGGCAUCUCUAUACUUGCUCAUGCAUUGCGAGGAAAUAAAACAUUGGCUAUACUCAAUCUUUCCGCGAAUCAAAUGGGAGACGUGGGUGUGAAAUUAUUGACCAAAGAACUACGAACAAAUACGCAGACACUAACCAUUCUCAAUCUCGCCUGGAAUGAGAUAGGAGAUGCAGGAACAAAGUUAUUCGCGAAAGUACUACGAAACAACAUGACAUUGAGCACACUCGAUAUCUCUCGGAAUGAAAUAGGAAACAUGGGAAUAGAGCCACUCGCUGAAGCACUCAAAGUGAACACAACACUGACUACACUCAACCUCUCUUGGAAUCAUAUAGGGCCUUCAGGUGGUAAGUCAAUCUCUGAACUGUUAUUAACAAACAUGACACUGGUUACACUCGAUCUCUCCUGGAAUUGUCUAGAACCCGAGGGAGCCAAAAUACUCGCUGAAGCACUACGAACUAAUACGACAUUAACUACACUCAACCUUUCUUGGAAUGGAAUAAAAGCGGCCGGAGCCAAAUCAAUAGCUGAAUCAUUACUAAUAAACAAAGCACUGACUACACUGGAUCUUUCAUGGAAUUACAUAGAAUCCGUCGGAGCCAAAACACUGGCUGAGGCACUGAGAACAAACACAGCACUAACUGCAUUCAAUCUUUCUUGGAACGGAAUCGGAGCUAUAGGAGCUAGAUCACUCAGCGAAGCAUUACGAAUAAACACAACACUGUCUGUACUCGAUAUUUCUCGAAAUGGAAUUGGAGACAUUGGAGCCGACUCACUCGAGAAAGCACUACGAACAAACAAUACACUGACCAUGUUGGAUGUCUCGUACAAUGAGAUUGGAAUUACGGGUGCAAAGUCAUUCAGUGAAGCAUUACAAAGAAACGCAACCAUCAAGUGGUUGAAAUUGGGUGGAAAUAGAAUGGGAAUGAUUGGUGAAGAGUUACUGGCAUCGGCGUGCGAUAGAGUGGAAUUGUAG